AUGAGUGUGUUCCGGUCCAAAUUUUUGUAUCCUGCUAAAGUGAACUGGUUUCCAGGUCACAUGGCUCUUGCUAGACGUCAAAUGGUGGCUCAAAUGGACGCUGUGGAUGUGUUGAUCGAGGUGCGUGACGCUCGAAUCCCUUGGAGUUCGGCCAACCCCGUCCUGGAGGAAGCUUUCGGACAGUCCAAGCCUCGUCUUGUUGUCUUUAACAAGUGUGAUUUAGCCAACUAUAACAUGCAGCAACGAGUGGAAAAACAGUGCAAAAAUGAGCACGGAUCGGCAACCGACUGUCUUUUCACGUCUGUGACCAAAGGCAAACGGUUGCAGGCCAUCCUGCAAUGGUGUAAUAAACACAGUCAGGCCCAGUUUAAGAGUACUGCAGGAUCUAUGGUCAUGGUGGUUGGGAUCCCCAAUGUAGGCAAAUCCUCGCUUAUUAACGAGUUCCGACGUCUGUCGAGCUCGCAAAAAUUGGCUAAAGGCCGGAAGAGAGCCAAUGUCGGACCUACACCCGGCGUCACCGUCCGCAAUGACAUCAUCAAGGUGAAUGACAAACCGGCAGUUUAUGUGGUGGAUACUCCUGGUGUGAUGCUGCCAAAUAUCUCAUCGGCUGAGACGGGAAUGAGACUGGCCCUAACGGGAGCUAUCAAGGAUGAAGUCGUGGGGACCGAGUUGAUUGCAGACUACAUGCUUUUUCUGCUCAAUCAGAUGAAGUCGACGCGAUAUGUGGACGCAUUGAAACUUCCAAGACUGACGGACAACAUCGGCGAGCUAUUCAAGUUGGUGUACAAGCGUUGCGGUGCAUUGGGCAAGGAACCUGACGAGCAAGAUCGUUUGGCUGCGCAGUUCUUGUUACAGGAAUUCCGUCGAGGAGCGUUUGGCAACUUCACACUAGACGCUAUUGAAAUGCCUGCUGGUGUCAUUAAACCCACUGUACCAUCAUCAUAA